AUGCGUAUCGAAAAGUGUUAUUUCUGCUCCUCACCAAUCUAUCCAGGACAUGGUAUUCAAUUCGCCCGAAACGACAGCACAAUCUUUAAAUUCUGUCGAUCGCGUUGCAACAAAUUGUUCAAGAAGAAGAAGAACCCAAGAAAGUUAAGAUUCACAAAAGCAUCGAGACGUGCUCGCGGAAAAGAGCUCAUCAAUGAUGCCACACAAUUAUUGGAACAACGACGAGAUGAACCAGUCAAAUAUGAAAGAGAAUUGUUUAAGAAAACUGUUGAGGCCGCUAAGACUAUUUCGAGUUUGAAACAUAAACGGUAAGGACAAAAACAAGGAACAUUUCCUACAGCAAAAAAUAUUUUCUUCCAUUUUUUAUAUUUAAAAAAAAUUACUAGCGCAUGUCUAUAUUUUUUCAGUUACGCAAAUCUCAUUCGAAAACGCCUUCAACCCGGCAAAAUCGUGCAAAAGAAGGGAUUAUUGGCAAAAGUGGACAAAAAAAUGCAUCUUAUCAAAGCGCCAGUUGCGACAAGAAUUGGAGCAAAAACGAGAUCGGCUCAAAAAACAAAACAACACGAAGAAAUGGAGACAAAUUAA